UCCUCAGAGGAAGUGCUUCUUAAAUUCAAUCUCAAGACGUUCCUCUUUAAACCAACAGAAAAGCCUGAACAGUGGAGACACACAGAGGAGAUACAAUAUGUUGAGGGGAGCAUAGACUGCCUUUCAAACCCAAUUGUUGUCACACUGACCCCAAACGCAUGACUCAACUGAUAUUCCCCUGAGAUGCUCUGAAAAAAGGAAGAGGUGGACUUUGUGAAAAACGGCAACAUCCAACGUUUCCUGGCAGCGAAAUCAUACUCAAUCUAACGAUGGCUGAAAUGACUACAGUAGCACACGAUAACUCUACUGGCAGAGAGAACCAGUCCUUGCACUGCCCAUCCGCUCAGCAUCUGGUGGCCGACAUACUGCCUCCUGUCCUGAUUAUAGAGCUCCUACUGGGCCUGCCAGGCAAUGUAGUGGCCCUGUGGAUCUUCACUUGUCGUCUGAAGAUCUGGAGGGUCAACACUCUAUUUCUCUUCAACCUGGUCCUGGCUGACUUCAUGCUGCUCAUCUGCCUGCCUUUCCGCAUUGACAACCUGCUCCGUGGGGAACACUGGGUGUUUGGCGACGCCUGGUGCCGGAUCAACCUCUUCAUGCUGGCUGUCAACCGUUCGGCAAGCAUUGCCUUCAUGACUAGCGUGGCCUUCGACCGAUACUUCAAGGUGGUCCAUCCACACCACCACAUCAACCACAUGACAUCUACCCAGGCGGGAAUGGUGGCGGGGGGCAUCUGGGCGGUAGUGAUCUCCCUGCGGCUCCCCCUGCUGGCCACCAACCUCCUAAGCGAACAUGGCAACGUCUCCCUGUGCCGCAGCUUCAGCUCCUACUCUGUGAUUCCCCCGGCGAUCCUGCUGCACUACAUGGUGUUCAUCGGGGAGUUCUUCCUGCCCCUGCUGCUCCUGCUGUUCUGCUCAGCCAGGAUCGCCUGCAUCCUGCGCCAACGGCAGCUGGACAAAGAGAAGAAGGUGCGGCGGGCCAUCCGGGUGGUGGGGCUAAUUGUGGCUGUGUUUGUGCUGUGUUUCUUUCCUGGCAUCGCUACAGGCCUGGUUUCGCUCUAUAUCAAGGCGUUCAGACCCUGGGACUGUGACUCCUUCAAAAUGGCAGGCCAGCUUUUCAGCCUGUCCAUUGGCUUCACCUACCUUAACAGCGCCCUGGACCCGGUCAUCUACUGCUUAUCCAGCUCAAUGUUCCAAAACUCCCUCAAGAGCUCCAUCAAUAAGAUGGGCCUGGUGGAGUUGAGGCUGAGCCGACGGGGAAGCAUGGCCAGCGAUGGGUAAGGGGAGAUGGUGUGAGGAGGCAACUCUGGCCCUUUCCAGAGACAGGCCCCACCUUCUAGAAUGCCCUAAUAAGGAGAACAGACUCAUGGGAGUGAAUUGAAUGGAGACUAGACAGUGGAAUUUUACAGCUGUAAUUAACAAGCCAUAUGUUAUAUUCAGAAAAAUUUCGUAGCUAUGUGGAAUGCUGAAUACCAGUUAUUGUGAAACAAAGAUAGGAAAAUAAAUGCAGUCAUUCCAUCUAAAUUUGACAUUAUUUUCAUAACCAUGUGAUGUUGUAGAAUGCCAUUAUGUUUUUGUCUUGAUUUACUAAUAUGUCUGUCAAAUACACCGUCAUUUUUACCAAAUACAGUGUUCAUACAGCAAGAUGUUUAAUCAAGUGUAUGUGUUGCUCAGUUCUUUAAGAAGUGGUAUUUUUAUGUGAUGCUUAAAGUGAUGUUAUACUGUACACUGUCUACAAAACAUGUUCUUUCCAUUACAUAGACUGACCAGGUGAAUCAAGGUGAAAGCUAUGAUCCCUUAUUGAUGUCACCUGUUAAAUGAACUUCAAUCCGUGUAAAUGAAGGGGAGGAUACUGGAUUUUUACGCCUUGAGACAAUUGAGACAGGAUUUUUAAGCCUUGCGACAAUUGAGACAUGGAUUGUGUAUGUGUGCCAUUCAGAGGGUAAAUGGACAAGACAAAAGAUUUAAGUGCCUUUGAACGGGGUAUGGUGGUAGGUGCCAGGCGCACUGGUUUGAGUGUCAAGAACUGCAACGUUGCUGGGGUUUUCAUGCUCAACAGUUUCCCGUGUGUAUUAAGAAUGGUCCACCACCCAAAGGACAUCCAGUCAACUUGACACAGCUGCGGGAAGUAUUGGAGUCAACAUGGGCCAGCAUCCCUGUGGAACGCUUUCAACACCUUGUAGAGUCCAUGCUCCAAAUUGAGGUUGUUCUGAGGGCAAUAAGGAUGCAACGCAAUAUUAGGAAGGUGUUCCUAAUGAUUUGUACACUGAGUGUAUAUUUUCUAUGCUAUUUUGUUCAUUUGUGAUGAAUGAAAUGGCAAUAAAGAUUAUCCAGAAUGUUAUGUAAAAUAAAUAUUUUUCUUUUGUAUUCUA